AACGGUUCCACACUAGCUAAAACAUCUUCCUUCAAUGGUUCAAUAACAUUCUCUGCAAAUAAAAAAAAUGGAGAAAGUAUCAAUGAAAUUUGCAUUCAUUGUUUUCUUAGCUCUUACGUCCGUGAUGAGUAUCGUAGUAGUUCAAAAUGUUGAGGCAAAACGUUUGUUAGCAGAAGAAACUCUUCAGGUUAUGUUGCACGAUGAAGUUUUACCGCAGGUUGCCCAACCACAAGACUUUCACUGUAGGGAAGGUUGUCAUGUGAGCUGUGUUCCCAUUCAACUCGUUAUUCGUUGUGUUUGUUUAUGCUAAUUUUCUGUUUUGUCUUGUUUAAUCGAAUAAUAAUUCAGAUAUGUUUUCACUAAUAAGAAAACUUAUUUGACAUUUGUUGCGU